AUGGCCGCCCGAUCCCCGCUGCCGCACCACCCGUCUAAUAACCACCGGCCCUCCUCCCUCGAGCGCACUGCCUCCAAUCCCACCGCCGCCUCCAACCCAAACAACCCAAACAACCCGUCCGCCGGCUACUUCCAGUAUCACCAGCCCAACGUCAACCAGCCCCCACCCCAGAGGACCGCUGCCGUCGACCAGGAGACGCUGUCCAACACCCUCGCCAACUCCCAGCUCGCAUCCCCCGCCAACGAGGCCAUCCAGCCGCCCGCCCGCCCGCCAAAGUUCACCGAGGAGUGGGAUGCCAGCGUGAGAGGAAGCUCCAUCAUCGACUACCCGGCCUCUCAUCGCCCCGCCAUGCAGCGCUCCAGCUCCAUAUCCUCGCGGCCCGAGGUCCUCACCACCGCCGCCGGCACCACCAACAACAACAGCACCAUCACCACUGGCGAUGGCGUGCCCACCGCCGGCGGCAUCUCCCUCUCCAGGGGCAAUACCCUCAAGAAGAAGGGCUCCCUGCGCCGGAGCGGCAGCAGGACGGGCAGCCUCCGGAGGAGCAGCAGUCGCCGCAGCAUGAAGGCCGGCAGUGUCCGGAGUCUGGCCCUGCAGAGCACCCACGACCCGGAGGAGACCCAGAGCGUCUUCUACUGCCCCGUGCCCACCUCGGGGAACCCCUGCGAGGUCCUGUCCAACCGCUUCCAGCUCUGGCGCAAGAUCCUGAAGGAUCUCAUCACCUGCUUCAGGGAGAUCCAGUCGCACUACGAGCACCGCAGCAAGUCUCUGCUGAAGCUGGCCAACGUCCUGAACAACACCACCACCCCGCCGGGCUUCCUGGCCUCCGGUGGGCUCGACGACGCGCUCCAGAUCCUGCGGAGCCACAACAAGGCAGCCGUUCUCGAGGCCAACAAGGCUCGCGAGAUCGAGGAGGAUGUCAUAUUGGCGCUGACGGGGCUGCGCAGCGAUCUUGGCCAGAAGAUGAAGGAGAUCAAGAGCUUGUCCGGUGACUUCAAGAACUCGGUGGACAAGGAGAUCGACACCACGCGGAAAGCCGUCAAUGCGCUCCAGGAGAUCCUGGGCCAGUCCGAGCUGGACUCGUCUCUGACGACGGGAAAGCAGGACCCCUACCUGUUGAGGCUGGCCGUCGAUCGCCAGGUCGAGCGCCAGAUCGACGAGGAGAACUACCUCCACCAAGCCUACCUGAACCUCGAGUCCUCGGGGCGCGAGCUAGAGGCCAUUGUCGUCGGUGAGAUCCAGAAGUCAUAUAACGCAUACGCUGGCAUCCUGAAGCGGGAAUCCGACGCGGCUUACAACACGAUUGACGAGCUCCGCGCGGGCCCCAUCGCAAUGCCCAAGGACCACGAGUGGAUUGCCUUCGUGCAGCGGGAUACUCAGUUUGUCGAUCCCGAGAUUCCCAUCCGCGCGGCCGAAUACCUUCACUACCCUGGCCGAGAUCACUACGCCUGCCAGGAGAUCAGGGCAGGCUUGCUGGAGCGCAAGAGCAAGUACCUGAAGAGCUACACAGCAGGAUGGUAUGUCCUUUCGCCGACUCACCUGCACGAAUUCAAGAGCGCAGACAAGACUGGCUCCCCCGUCAUGUCUCUUUACCUCCCAGAGCAGAAGGUGGGGUCGCACUCCACCGAAGGCGGCUCUUCGAACAAGUUUAUCCUCAAGGGCAGACAGACCGGUUCCAUGCACCGUGGACACACCUGGGUCUUCCGCGCCGAGAGCCACGACACGAUGAUGGCCUGGUACGAAGAUAUCAAGGCAUUGACAGAGAAGUCGCCCGAGGAGCGCAGCAACUUCGUGCGCGGCCACGCCCGGACCUUGUCCCGUUCUUCGCAGCGCUCCAUCUCCAGCGAUGGCAUGGUGGAUGACGAAGACGACGAGCCCUUCGUCUCGCAGGAGCGCGCCUCCGCCGUUGUUUCCACACCAGGGUCCCGGCACGAGUCUGUUGCCCGCCCCCAGCCUGGCGGUCGAUUCCCGUCCGAUCUCCAGGUCAACGCCCAGCGCGGCUUGGAGGUGCCUCUCUCCCCCAGCAGCCAGAGCUCUGGUUUUUUAGACAACAGUGAGUAUGCCAUGCGAGGUGGGAUAGCAAACGGUAACACAGUAAGCGACUACGAGGCAAUAGCGGCCGCAGGUGCGUUGCCCGGUAGUGGUGUGGGCGAGCCGUACCAGGAGCACCUCGGCUUGCAACCGGUUGGUCAAAAGUAUGGCAAUACCCCGAGCGUCAACAUGGAUACCGCACCCAGCUACGCGACCAUGAUCCACCAUGAGGCCGCACAAGAUGGCGUCAACCCCUACAGCGGGGAACCUGUCAACGUUCAGCGAAGCCAGUCACACCGAUUCUCGAACGCUCCCAUUGUGGUGGCAGGUCCCGCUCACGUCGGUGAGACUCAGACUAGAGAUCUGAGUCAAGAUUCAGGUAAUGCCAGCUCCUACCAGGCCGUGAAUGGCCAGCCCUCGUAUGCGGCCGGCGUCACCGCGGUGGAUUACGCCGUCCCCAAGAGGGAGUAUCCGCAGACGGCCAAUGGUCAUGGGAACGGAUAUGCAAAACACGGUGAUGGAGUGGCAUAUACGCAAAAUGGUCGUGCUCGUCCAACGGGUUCCCGAAUGGACAGCACACCACAUGUCCCUGGCGAAUACCCACGCGGCACCCCUGCCCAGACACCAAGCGCCGCCUAG